GUGGCGGUGUAUCAGUUGGGCAUUGGUGGAGGGUGGGGUGGUGGACAGCCUACAAAAUGAGAGAGUCAGCUGCUCUGGAGGAGCAGAUGUGAGAGGCGCACCGUAGGAACCAGACGCGCUGCGUAUAAGUAGCCGCGGAUAUAUUAACGGGAAUAACCGGAUUAUGAGGAUUUGAGGAGGAGAACUCGACAGAAUCAGGUGUCAAACAAAGCGAAGGAUUAAGUUAGGUGUCUUCAGUCCGCCGUUAUGGGAAUAGACCGGCGGCGGAGAGCAUCGCUCGCUCUCACCUUGAACUUCUUGGCGUUGUUCCUGGCCGUUUCGGCUCUCACCACCAGCUACUGGUGCGAGGGGACGCGGAAAGUGGUGAAGCCGUUCUGCACCGGCCCGGUCACCACCAAGCAGUCGUUCUGCAUCAGGUUCAACAGCUCCAACAUCAACGAUACACGGCUGGUGCAGUACAUCUGGGAGACUGGGGAGGAUAAGUACGUGAUGAGGAAGUUUCACACCGGCAUCUGGUUCUCCUGCGAGCAGAACAUCAACAUGACCGGUGAAAACUGCAGAAAUUUUCUUUAUGUUGCUCCGUCAAACGAGAGAGGAGUGCUGUGGCUGUGCAUUGUCGCGGAGUGCCUGUACAUCCUCCUGCUGGCCACUGGAGGCAUCCUCAUGUCCAUAGAAGUGUGCCACUUUGGCAAUGUCAUCGAUGGCCUCAAGCUCAACGCCUUUGCUGCCAUUUUCACCGUGCUUUCAGGUCUGUUGGGUAUGGUGGCCCACAUGAUGUUCACCACAGCCUUCCAGCUGACUGUCAGUCUCGGCCCAGAAGACUGGAAACCUCAAACAUGGGAUUACAGCUGGUCAUACAUUUUGGCGUGGAGCUCCUUCACGGCCUGCAUGGCGUCCUCUGUGACCACCAUCAACCGCUACACCAAAACCAUCCUGGAGUUCAAGCACAAGCGCAGGAACAUUGAGAAGAACCUGAAGAUCAAACAAAAGCUGCUGGAGCUGGACUCUCCAGAGCAGGUGUGGGACAUGUACAUCAGCUCGGUGCCGAGCACCGCGGAGGAGCUGCUGGACCUGUCGUCCAAUGGCCGCAAGCUCUCCAACGCCUCCAUCUUCCUGGACCUCAACGACCUGCCUGACCCACAGGGAGAAGAGUACUGCUAGAUGAGCAGCGUGUAGCAUUUGGAGUCAUUGUUAUGUUCGGUGUGAUACAACGGUGUAACUGCUGUAAACAAGUGAGACCGCGGGUUAGAACUUUGGGGAUUGGGGAAUCUACAGCAACCAGAAUAUCACACACCUUUGACAUAAAAUGAACGUGGCUAACAUAUUAACUAGAAGAGUCAGUAUUUAGAAGAAAAGAGCAACAUUACAAUUAGUUGUACUCCAAUAAAUGGAAGACAGACACCGUCACUUUUUAGCCCCGUUUUGGUCUCCACCGACUCUUGUGGCGUUCAACUGGGUCUUUAGCUUGCUAGAUGUUUCUCUAUGUUACCACCAGCGUGUUGCUAAGAAUUGAAAAAAAAAAAAAGAGCUGUAAAAACCCAGUAAAGCGUCAAAGUUGUCUUCCUUAUCUAUUCUAAUAAGGAUCUGUCUUAGGUUAAAAAGCUACCACUACUGACACUGAGGUAAUUUCUGCAUUUAUGGGGAUUAAGUCAUUUCAACACUUUCAAUUGUUUUAGAAGUCAAACCACAUUUUUUUCAUGUUAGCUUGCUAUGUUACAAAAGUAAUCAUCUAGCUAGCUGGCAACAUAUUAGCUAGGCUGACUAUUGUGUUCGAAUAGGUAAUAGUUGGAAAUGCUCAGCACAAUGAUGUGACUUUAAGCUAAGCACCACAAAUAAUAUGCUUUCGUUUUUGUUUUAGCUGUUUCGAAAAGGGCUACAUUUAUUUGCUAGUUUACAUUCUUUAAGGUAACCUUAAAUCAGACCUUUUUUACAGAUAGUUUAACCACGAUCCCACUGUUAAGACAUUACUGAUUCCAACCCACGCUAAUGCUGGAUUGUCAGUGGGUUGUACCUUGUAUAAUUUGAAAAUUAUCCUAAAAUCUCUUGUAGCCGCUGCUGCGAAGUUCCCAUGAAAAUGCCCCACCAAAGCCAGUCACACCCAUGUAAAUCCCAAAAUCAGUCUCCUCAUCACCAGUCUCAGUUGUUUACAGUAAUUAUAUUAUAUUUAUAAUUAUAUAUGAUAUUAUGAUAUUAGUGACUCAGAAACUAUUGCAUUUAAAUGCUUAUUCACAGUUUUGAGUGUGAUCCUGGCGGGAUACGGGGUCUACGUGGUUACUUGCAUACCUGGUUUUCGUAUCCACAUUUUGAUCUCCUUCAAACUCAACCACAAAGUUCCCUACCAGCAAAGAAUGUUUAGACUCUAGGUAUGAUGCCUGGGCUCCUCAAAACUGGGAUUAAGCCUCAAACAUGUUGAAAACAAACCACUUGGGACACUCCCACUCUGCAUUUAAAUGCAUCGAUAGAUGAAAAAUGCUACACUUUGCACAUCAGGUCAUGCGGUUAAUUACUGAUCUAGUUCUUAACCACGUAACAUGACAUGGAGUCAUUGGUUUUACAGUCACGCAAAUAGGUGUAAACAUACAGUAUACCUCUGCCAAAGCAAUACUGCAAUGAACUACUUAAAUGCUGUGAGUUGAAAGAAAUACUGAAGCUGUGGAACAAAGCACUUUGGACAUAACCCGAGCCAAACCCCCUUAACGAUCACCCCUACCAACACCAACACUCCAGACCUAGCACACUUCAAGGGCCAAGAGAUUUGACUUGCUGAUUGUUGGAGUUUGUGUACAAAGUUGCUUAAGCUGUAUUUACAUGACUUACAGUAAUAACCUCAUACUGGUUGUGAUAUGGUACAGAUGAUGUAUAUUAGAGUGACGAUACACUGCCUCCCACCUGACAUGUGAACCAGAUAGAUUGUCGAGUGUUGUUCCCUGUAAUACUGCAGAAUUUUUCCAAAGUGUUUAGAACAUUAAGGAUUAAGAGUUAAGGGAUUGUAGCAGCACAGGGUGGACCUAAGGAUUUUGCUCCUUCGCCCACAGGGAGCGAUUAGAGUGUCGGGUGGAGGAUGCUCUUAGGCCACACUGAGUGCCUUUAUUUCCAGCGGCAUGCCUCCAAUCACACAGCAUGCUCUGCUCUCACAACGUUUUAAACGGGGGCGACGCUGUUUCUCCGACUAGUACCUGCUUUAGAAGAAACCUGUAGCUGUCUGUGCAAACUGCCAAAACUCACCAGUGAGAGGAGCUCUCCUCUUUUGAUUGCUUUGUUAAUAUUUACUUGAUAAUUGUGGUAUCGGUGGAGGAACACAGGUCAGGAUUGUCAUUAUUUACAGCCAUUCUAAGUGCAUUUGAACAUAUACCCUUGUGUACAUUAUUUAUCUGUUCAGUUUAAAGUGAAAAUGUGACGUUGAGGAUUUUCCGAUUUUACUCUGCUUGAGUUUAGAUUCUGUUCCACCACCCUGGGUUGUAUACGCCUAAGCAUGGAUUGUUGUGUCUUUACGUGGACGUCAUGACUUAUUUACAGUGACACUUUUUGUGUAGUGUUUCUUAGUUACAUUUUUGUGGCUAAUUAAUUGCAACCCGAUAUAUUAAUAUGAAUAAAAUAUUUCCACAAGAGGAUUUGAUUUAAAAGUAGCUGAGGAGACUAUUAUAAUAAAGAACUUGUUUUUAACCA